AUGAACCAGGUCGUCCAAGCUGUGAUGAAGAGCAAAGCUACUACCAUUGACAUGGACACAUUCAGCAUCGAAGACGCACUUGACUGCAUGCGAGCGAUCUACAAGGUGCAGUACAAGACCUUUGUUGCCAAUGUGACAACUCAGGUGAUUGAGAGGCAUCUUGUGAGGGGUCUCGAGAACAUUGUUUCGCCGCUUGUGGUUGUGAAGAUGUCUGAUAGUGAGGUGGAGGCUAUAGCCUCGGAACAGACGACAACCAAGCAGCAGAGGAUCAUGCUGGUGAGCCGGGUCCGAAUAUUGGGAGAAGGCCUUGCUAUCUUCCAGGAAUUGAUUGGGUCUUAG